CGUCGCUCCAUCCCCACCCACUCCCUGCGCUCUCUCUGUCACUCGCGCACAGAGUGGAGGAACGGAGCAGCUUCACGCGCGCAGCCGAGCCGUCAUGAGCCGCUCAGCGGACGUCGACGCCGCCGCGGAGGAGGAGGAGGCUGGCUAGAAGAGAGAGAGGCUGACUUUGUUCUAAUUAAAUGUCUCUCGCUCUCCGUGUGCAUCAUGCUGUAUUUCCAGCUGGUGAUCAUGGCCGGGACCGUCAUGCUGGCCUACUACUUCGAAUACACCGACACCUUCACCGUGCACGUGCAGGGCUUCUUCUGCUAUGACACCACCUACACCAAACCGUACCUGGGACCGGAGGACAGCAGCGCCGUCCCGCCCGUCCUGCUGUACGCCGUGGUGGCCGGGCUGCCCACGCUGCUGAUCACAGUGACAGAGACCGUGCUCUUCCUGGUCCAGUACACGUCCAAAGAGUUCGACCGUUUAGAGAAGACAGUGGCCACCGGAGACUGCUGUUACCUCAACCCGCUGGUGCGCAGGACGUUCCGCUUCCUCGGAGUCUACACCUUCGGCCUCUUCACAGUUGACAUCUUUGUCAACGCAGGUCAGGUAGUGACAGGGAACCUGGCACCUUACUUCCUGACCGUCUGUAAGCCAAAUUACACGGCACUGGGUUGCCAGCAGGCACUGCGAUACAUCAGCCACCAGGACGCCUGCACAGGAAACCAGGACGACAUCCUACGUGCUCGCAAGACCUUCCCCUCCAAAGAGGCUGCUCUCAGUGUCUAUGCUGCACUCUACCUGGCUAUGUAUGUGACGUGUACGGUGCAGGCGAAGGGCACUCGUCUGGCCAAGCCCAUGUUGUCCCUCGGACUAAUGUGUCUGGCCUUCCUCACUGGUUUGAACCGUGUAGCUGAGUACCGCAACCACUGGUCAGAUGUCAUCGCUGGCUUUAUCAUCGGCACUGCCAUCGCCACUUUCCUGGUGGUGUGUGUGGUUCAUAACUUCAAAGGAAAGUUGCUGCUGAGUGAGGAGUCCCCGGCGGAGCAGCGGCCCAAUACAGCCAUGCUAAACAUCGGCCGAGCGGAGAGUCCUCUGGAGAAGUACAUCGCUUCACAGAAUCACAUCGCCUUCGCUGAGGUCACAUGACGUGGAGUCGGCCGUGUGGCAGACCCAUUGGACAUCCACACUCUUCACUGUCCAAUCCAAUUAACCGGAGCGCAGCGCUAAACCCAUUCUCUGUAUGUGUCUGGUCUGCGGUAUGUUGUUGUUUGUUGUCUUUAUCAGGCCCCUGUUGUCACUCUCAGCUUCUUGUACUCAAGGAAAAAAAUUUAGAGAGUAACUCAGUGGGACAGGUUGCUUCUGCUACCAUCUAUGCACUUAUUCUGAAUCCUUCUUGGACUCUCGCCUCCCAAAUGAAGCUCUGUUGUGAGGCAAGCAGACUGGGAGACUAGAAGAUCAUGUGAAGAACUGGAUGCACCAUCAGUGCUGCUUAAGUCAAAUAUAUUAUUAUUUUAUAUGUGAAACAGCAUUGUUCCAGUAAGAUGGUUACAGGGAAAAACAGGAAGUUGUCUGAACUCUCUCUUGUUAUAUUUGAUUUCCACCUUUCAGAGUUUGUUAUUGCACCACAUUUCUAACAUUAAAAGCAGUGCUGUGAGAAUGUAACACUGACUGCUGAGCCCGUAUUUAGAAUCAGAAGGUUUUUAUUGCCAUAUGGGUGAACAGGUUCACAGCAUUAGGAAAUUGCUGCGGUACUUCGUGCUUA